AUGCCGACUGACAUAAUCGAAAAUCGAAAGUUUUCUAUGAAUAUUUUAGGUGUAUCAUUAUUAAAUGUUGAACGUCUUAAUUUACUUCGUUUGGCACCGGGUGGCCAUGUUGGUCGAUUUGUUAUUUGGACUGAAUCAGCAUUCAAAAAACUCGAUGCUCUCUAUGGUACAUGGAGCAAAAAAUCUCAACUCAAGGUUGAUUUCAAUCUUCCACAACCAAUGAUGACAAAUAGUGACUUAGGACGAUUACUUAAAGCAUUCGAAAUUCAAAGUGUACUUCGUGCACCAAUUAAACGUCAAGCACGUCGUAAAGUUAAGAAGAAUCCAUUGAAGAGUAUUAGUUUAAUGUCACGACUUAAUCCAUAUUCAACUGUACAAAAACGUAAAACACUUUUAACACAACUUAAAGGACGACGAACAGGUACAACAGCUGAAUCAAAGGCUGCAGCUCGUAAACAACGUACACAUGCAUCAUUAAAAGCAAAACGAUUAUCAGGUGUGAACGUAGUUAAAACAACAAAAACACAAAAGGUUGGAAAUGCUACAACAACGAAAACAAAAACAACUGUAGCAACAAAAUCUUCGUAA